GCUGUUCGGCGCUGUGGAGCUUUUUAAAUAAAGUUAUUUAAAUUGAAACAAAAUGGCAGCGCCCUGUGUGUCUCUCAUGCAGCUGGGCUGAAGCUGUAAAGAAGACGAGGAGAAAUGCGUUAUCUGCUUUAACCACAGAUCACAAAGGUGCUCUAUCUGAUUGAGAUCUGGUGAUUGUGGAGGUUAGGUACAGUGAACUCAUCUGAUUGCCUUCACUACCAGUCAGUGUCGGUUGUUUUAUGCUUCAAACAGUCAUGGCAGCUCCCGGAAAGCCGACUAAAAAGGAAAUCAAAAAGCAGACUCCAGCCAAGACCUCCUUCACCUCACCCUUUGCCUCAAAAUGGAGCCCGCUCCCCCAAGAGGACAUGCACUUCAUCCUGAAAACUCUUAAGGACAAGUUGAUCUCCAUGGGUCUGGAAAAAAAAGAAGUGAAAGGGUUUCGCAUAUGGAGGAAAAAGAAAGGCAAAAAACCUGAUGUCGCACCGGAACCUGUUCCCCAGGAGAGCGAUUCCUCCAAAAACGGCUGGACAGAUGUGGCAGCCAGACGGCAGCUGGCCAUCGGCAUCAACGAGGUGACCAAGGCUCUGGAGAGAAACGAACUCAGACUGCUGCUCGUGUGCAAGUCUGUCAAACCGAAACACAUGACCAAUCACCUGAUCGCUCUGAGCGCCACCAGAGGAGUGCCGGCCUGCCAGGUGCCUCGCCUGAGCCAGAGCGUGUCGGAGCCGCUGGGGCUGAAAAGCGUGCUCGCCCUGGGGUUCAGACGGUGCUCCUCCAGUGACAAUGGGGUGUUUACCGACACUGUCGAUGCCAUUAAGCCCAGAGUGCCUUCACUGGACAUGGCAUGGCUGCAAGGUGCUAAACCUGAAGAACCUGUUGCCAUGGAGGAGGAGGAAGGUGGUGAAAGAAGGGGACAAAAAAGGAAACUGGAAAGUGAAUAUGAGGGGGUGUCAGAGUCUCCCUCCUCCUGCACUCUGCAGCCGCUCCAGGUGAAGAGAAUCGUUGCUAACCCUGCAAAGAAGAAGAAAGGGAAGCCGAAGAAAUAGCUGUAAAGUGAAAGAGAAACUUUAAGGACUGUUUGUUUAGCUCAGGAGUUUCCAGUGUUGUUUAUUUUUGGGUUUUUGAACAGUGCUUGCAGCCUCAGUCUGGACAUAACUUAUGUGAUUAGUUUAUAUAAAGAAUUUCUGGAAGCUUAAAGAGAAAAAAAGGUUUUUGGGAACAAGGUUUAGACUUUUCUGCCAAGUAUUUUUAUCUGGGGAAGCCUCAGACCUUCAGGUUUGCAUUCAUUGUUUCAGCAGAUUAGUAGCAUUGCAUAUGGUUUCAUGCAUAUUCAUACAAUUGAAUAUGAUCUGACUGAAGUUUGAAUUUCAUUUUGUCCACAAUUAAAGCCGGUCUGCACACAUUGUUUUUUAUAAAGGCAAUUAAGUUUUUCCCGGUAUUUUGAUAGUGCUGUUUGUUUUAAAUGGAGCUUGUAAUAUUUUACCCUCGAAUGAAAUAUAUUUCCUCUAUAUAAUACAGAGGACUGCCAUUAGACCACCAACAUCUUGGAGCUGUUGUGCUGGAUUGCUCAGGUACUAAGUAGAAAGUAGUAGUCUAUUUAUGUUGAAAUGUAAGCAGAAUUUUAGACCUCAGGUAGGCACAAAUGAACCAACUUAAUGAUCAUUUUCCAAUUUUAAUUUGCUGUAAAUAUCUAUAGAUGGACAAAGGUACUGGGAGAUUACAUCACUUGGUUGAAUUGGGAAUGUCUUGAUCCCCUCCUGGGAGAGGGAGGUCUGAGUUCCUCUGCUUAGACUGCUGGUCCCGUGACCCGGAUAAGCAGAAGAUCGAUGGCUGGAAGGGAAAGAUUAAGAUCAAUAGAAAGAUCCUUUAUUAAUCCUUUGCAGGAAAUGACAUUGCCUCUGCAGACACAGACAUAACACCACACAUCCCAAACAAAAUAUCAGCUCCAUUAC